AUGAAUCAUAUUAACCAACCUUCAAAGUAAAGUCAAAAGCAAACGAAAUCCUCAAAACCAGCAUUGGCACAUCCUGAAAUUCAUCCAAACUAGACUCUUUAUCACCUAAAAAACAAGUAAUGGAUGGCUGCCAUACAAAAGGAAAUUGAUCAAUUUGAACAGUCCUUAGUAAAUAUUACAUCAAUUUCAUUAGCAAGAAGUAGAUUCGAUGUUCUAUGAAGCUUCAGUGUCUUAAAUUCAAAUGGGUUUAGGCAAUAUUAAACUACUUCACAAUGACUAUGAAUUUGCUGCUUAGAAACUGCAUGCCCUGAAAGAAAUGAUAGCAAAAUUCUCUGAAUUUUACUCCAAAUACAGUCAAAAAAAAAUAGAAUUGAAUCAAACAAAAUUGAACAUAACAUAAGAUCAAAAAGAUUUUAAAUUAUAAAUUAAAGAAGAAAGAGAGAAGAUCCACUUCUAAUUUGGAAUUUCUUAAAGAGUUUUGAUCCUUAUCUAAGCUUAUAUUAAAAUGAAGGAUCAAUUUGAGGAUUAAGAAAUUUUAUAAAAACACAGAGAUUACAUCCUGUAAAAGAUUGAAAAGAUCAGAAAGACGGAGGAGAAGCAUAACAAGAAGAUUGAAAAACAUUUCAAUAGAAUUAAAAUUGACAAUGACCUUAAUAAUUCUCAAGAGAUUGAAGAUGAAGAGGAUCAAAUAUAUGAGUAGUCAGGUUACGAAGGAAUCAAUGAAACAGUAAGAGAACACCUAAUAAGUAAACUAUUGUAUUAAUUAUUUUAGAGUUGUGUGAUAGUUUGAUUGCUUACUUCACAAAGUUUGAAAAGAAGGAAGGAGUAAUUAUAAUGAUUUUAUUAUUUAGGAAUAUUUCCUGUAACAUGAUUUAACAACUUUCCAAUAUUUCGAUCAGAUUAAAGUGGCCGUUCCAUUUUCUUCAGCUUAAAUUGAUUCUACUCUUGAAUUGAUUAAAGACAGAAGAUCGUUUUAUGAAAAUGCACCUGAUACUGAGUUUGUUCAAAAGGGUGCUGCAAACAAAGAAGUCAAGUAACAAUAACAGAAGGUGGAUGUUAAUAAUGAGUAGGAAUUUCCUAAAUUAUCAUGAGAUUAUAAUUUAUAAUCAUAUCAAAGACAAAAUUUAUAGUAAC